AUGAAGCUAGCUUUGAACCUUGCCUUGGCUGUCGCAGCCCUGAUCUCGACCUCCUUCGUCGCCGCUGACCAGACUUCCACACAUCAUGCUGGACACAAGCGUGCUGCUCCUGGUGCUCAUUGGACUUACGGACAAGACAAUGCUGGCCCACAGCACUGGGGCGCGCUCGAUCCCCUCUACGGUACUUGCGGCACCGGCAAGGAACAGUCCCCUAUUGACGUUGCCAUCGGUGCGCCCUUCGUCGCACUCCAAAAGAAGCCCUUCUCGGCCCUGAACUACUCGCCCCUUCGCAACGUCCUUUGUGGAUAUGACAGCCACACCGUCAAAUGCGAAUGGAACUCGACCGUGACCGCGCCUAACAAGAACUCGAUCGUCAUCAAGGACAAGACCUACAACCUCCUCCAAUUCCAUUUCCAUUCACCCAGCGAGCAUCGCGUCAACAACCAUUUUGCGGACGCAGAACUUCAUCUCGUUCAUCAGGCUGAGGAUAAGUCAUUGGCUGUUGUUGGUGUGUUGCUUGAGGUUCAGGCGAACAGCAACCCGUUCUUUGAGUGGGUCGUUAAGCUUGACAAGAAGGUUGACCAGCUCGAGCAUGGACAUGGGUUCCUCGUCAAGGAUCCCGUCUCGGGUGAGCCUGUACCUGGAGAGGAGCAGGUCAAGUACAAGAUCGACAAGGUCGAUUUCUCUCCUUUGCUCAAGGCCACGGGCAAGUUCACGCCCCGUUGGGAGUACGAGGGCAGUUUGACGACCCCUCCCUGCACUGAGGGCGUUGCUUGGAACGUUGUCAGGACCUCUGUUGGAUUGGGACUGAAGCAAUUUGAUGCCUUGGUCGAUCUCGAGUCCUACAACUCGCGCUUUAUUCAGGACCGCCCUACGAAGGAGGGCAAUUAA